AUGACAACAGUUCUAUAUCCCAAAAACUACGAUUCUGUUUCUGGAUGGAUACCCGAUGUUAGUGAUGGAAGAGUUUUAAAAGAACCGAACACGAUAGAAAGAGUAGGACGAGCAGUUAAUCAUGGAUUCGAAAAACGAGUAUUUCAGUAUAAUAAUGUUGUUGAGAAUAAUAGGUGGGGUAAUUACGUAAAUUGGAAAUUAUAUCCUUUAUUCGGUCUGUUGGAACAUAGAAAAGUUUCUAUAGGCUUACCAUAUAAAAUUUAUCUACAAAGAGAAAUCAACGACGAUAAGAUAUUCUUUGGAGAGAAUGGUUCAGAUGCAAAAUUAGAAAUAACGAAUCUCCAACUUUUCAUACCCGUAAUAACACCAUCAAUUGAAGUAGAAACGAAAAUAUUCAACUCGUUAACUAAAGAUAUUGAAAUAGCUUGUCUUCAUCGUAACACUCUCACCAAGAAGAUCUUUUCAAAACAGGAGUGA